UGGGAACUUGGAUCAAUGUGGAUAAUUAUUAAAAUAAAUCAAGCAAAAAGUGAAAAGAUUUAAACCAAAGAACGAACCUAAGAAAGUGUUUCAAGCCCAUCAAACAUAUUCGAGCCCAAGAGCAAAGCUUAAAAAAAAUUCUAAAAAUUCAACCUGAUUGUGAGGAAAUUUGUGCAAUUUGUGAAAUUAAAAUUGAAACUGAAAAAGUACCAGAAAGGGCAUAAAAAGGACUCAAAAUAAAAGUGAAUUACGGACAUUACAAAUUCGAAAUAACAGAAAUACCAGAAAAGUGAAAAGUGAAGCCGUGAAAGUCAUUUGCCAAACAUGCUCCUCCAGUGCCCCAAUCCCCACUAAGUGACCAACUCGAAGACCCAGAGAGAGACCAGCAGAGAUCUCAGAACUCAAGCGAAAAGCGCAUCGACAGAGCAGAGCCACUGCGGAAAUGGAGGACGAGCUACGUUGUCCCACCUGCAAGCAGCUGUACGCCAAUCCCGUGCUGCUGCCCUGCUUCCACGCCCUGUGCCUGGGCUGUGCCCUGGACAUCCAGACGCCGUACACGCCGGGAGUGGCUCUGGCCGUGACCGGGGGAUCGGGCUCCAACGCCAGCGGCGGACACAACGGACUGCACAGCCAGGCCAACGGUGGCCCAGGAUCGGUAACUGGAGUGGGUGCAGCCAACGGGGUGGCCAACGGGGCAGGGCCGGGCACCCGCCACAGUUCCCACAGCUCGGCCGCCAGCACGGCCAGCUCCAACACGGGCAGCGAGAGCGUCACCUCCGACCAGGACCAGUCCGACAAAGUGAGCAUCUUCAGCGAGGCCGACUCCGGCGUCGUCUGCUGCUCGAACACAUCCCGCCCGGUCUCGUACGCCGGCACCGGACAGCUCCAGGGACUGCUCCAAGGAUCCGUGGUAGCGCCUCCCGGCGCCGCCUACUGCCUCACCUGUCCCCUGUGCCGGAAGCUCGUGUUCUUCGACGACGGCGGAGUCCGCAAUCUGCCCACAUACCGCGCCAUGGAGGCCAUCGUGGACCGCUUCUGCGCGCGCGAGGCGCUCCGCUGCCAGAUGUGCGAGACGGACCCCAAGGUGGCGUCGCUGAUCUGCGAGCAGUGCGAGAUUCGCUACUGCGAGCCCUGCCGGGAGCUCUGCCACCCGGCGCGCGGGCCCCUGGCCAAGCACACGCUGGUCAAGCCGCGCGGCGCCGCCCAGCAGCGGGAGUCGGUCUGCGGCGAGCACGAGGAGACGCUCUCCCAGUACUGCCUCAACUGCAAGAUCCCGGCAUGCGGCCAGUGCAUCGGCGAGCAGCGACACCAAACACACGAGGUGCAGUCCAUAAACGUGACUUGCAAGGCUCAAAAGACGGAGCUCUCGCACAAUCUGCAACAAUUGUCGGAGAAGGCACGUUCCACAACCGAAUUCAUUCAGCGCCUCAAAGGCAUGAGCGACAAAGUGACGGAAUCCUGCAUGGAGUUCGAGCGCUUGGUGCACGCCCAGUGCGAGGCCCUCAUCCAGGCCAUUCACGACCGUCGCGAGUACUUGCUGGAGGCCAUUCGCAUGGACAAGGACACCAAAAUCAGGAUACUGAAGGACCAGCAAUCGAAUUGCACUGGCAAGCUGCAGCAGACCACGGGCCUCAUCCAGUUCUGCAUCGAGGCACUGAAAGAGACUGACAGCGCGGCAUUUCUACAGGUGGGCUCCAUGCUCAUCAAUCGUGUGGCAAACACCGACAUGACCUGGCACCAGGAGGUCACCAAUGCAGCGCCGCGGGUCUCCCCCAUCGUGGACUUGACGCUGGACGACGCCGCACUCGCACGGGCCAUCGACAACUUGAACUUCAUUCAAAUGAAAGCCCUCAAAGACGGAGAUGAAAGGUGUCCGGCAGCACCCAUGACUCCGACCAUUCUGCCGACGGAUUGCUCGGCGGAGAAUAAUUCCGUGACAGUUGCGUGGCAGCCACCGAAUCAUUCCACUGUGGAGGGAUAUGUCCUCGAACUGGACGAUGGCAGCGGCGGAGAGUUUCGAGAAGUCUACUGCGGCAAGGAAACAAUUUGCACCGUCGACGGACUCCACUUCAAUUCCAUGUACAAUGCCCGGGUGAAGGCCUUCAAUAGCGCCGGAGAGGGUGAAUACUCGGAGCUGAUUGGACUGCAGACUGCCGAAGUGGCCUGGUUCACGUUUGAUCCAGUUCUGAGCGGCGGCGCCGGCUCUGGCUUAAUCUUUAGCAAAAAUAACGCCACCGUCAGUGUCGAGGGCUGGGAGCACCGUGUGGCCCUCGGCUCGGUGGGCUUCUCGCGCGGCGUCCACUACUGGGAGUUCACCAUCGACAACUACACGGCGGACACGGAUCCGGCCUUCGGAGUGGCACGUAUCGAUGUGGCGCGCAACAAAAUGUUGGGUAAAGACGAGAAGUCCUUUGCCAUGUACAUCGAUCGGCAGCGCUCCUGGUUCCAGCACAACUCCAUUCAUGAGCGACGCGUCGAGGGCGGCAUCACAACUGGCAGCACCAUUGGAGUGCUGCUCGAUCUGGAGCGGCACACACUCAGCUUCCUGGUGAACGAAAUGCCGCAGGGAUCGGUGGCGUUCCGAGAUCUGUACGGAGUGUUCUACCCGGCUGUGAGCAUUAACCGAGGCGUCACGCUGACCAUGCACACGGCCAUGGAUGCGCCCAAGAUGGACUACUUUUAGGGUGUGUGCCGUGCAGAGGGGAGUAGGAGUAGGAGUAGCGAAUUGUGUAAAUAAAUAGCUUGGCGUUCAGCAGUUAUCGGUGUCUACGUAGCGUAUAAAAAGCACAUUUUACUCAUGCAGCUUACCAUAUUUAUGUGUGUGUAGUUUCGGGCAAGGUUCAGCGGACAUAUCUCCAUUUAUUCGUAUCUCUACUCGUAGUUUUAGGCAAAUGUUUGUGAAACGCUGCGCCAAACGGGGCGUAAAUUAUUCAAAAUAAUCGAAAGCAGCCAGCGGUAAUAUUAUGUAAAAUAAAAUAAUAAAAAUCUUUGAUGUUUGUCAGUGAAAACAAAGCCAAAAAUCAUGCACCGUGCAACAACCAAAAACCAAAUUAAAUUUAAACGCAUGCGAAUGAAAAAACUAAAGCUAAAAAUCCAAUUAGCAAUUAGGGUAGCUACGAAAUUUGCAUCUGUAUUGGGUCUUCUUGUAUUUUCACUAGUGGGUGUAACUACACACAUUUGAUCGAGGCUAAAAAAUUAAUUAAUAUCAGCUGAGCGGAGGAGUUUUUAUUUUAUUUAAAGACUGAAUUCAAACGUGUUUUUUAUAAGAAAAAAGUUAUUAUGAAAGAAAUAUUUGUAACAGAAAAAGGCCUCAUCAAAUGUGCGGACUGCCAAGCAUCAAAUUUCGAGAAAAAUCUUAUUCAAAACCGCGGAAAUUGAGAGGAAAAUUUAAACAUAAACUCUGCACCCUGCAAAUUAUUGCACGAAACUUAAAGCCACCAAAAAAUGAAUACCAAUUGGAAGCCAACCAAUUUGCUUAUGAAAAUUCAAUAUGCGUCUGAAUAUUAAUAUUAAAUAAAUCACUAAGUUCCCUGUAAAUAUUUAUACAUAUACUUUUAAAUACAUUUCGGCUACUCUAGUUCUGUCCUACGUACUCGUACUUACAGUAAGGUGUAAUGCAUACAAAUUAAUUCCCGUGUACUCGUAUGUAGAGACUAUGGAUACUCUUCAAUUUACGGCGAGCAGCAACAACAAUUAAAGUUAAUUACCAGUACUAUGCAUGUUUAAAUAUUUAAAAUUGUAAUAA